AUGCAUUUAUUUAUACAUCUGCUUUGCCUCGUGCCUCUGUUGCAUGCCUCCUACGAUGUUAUUGCACCUUCACAGAAUUUAACGGCUUAUCUUCAUGCCCGACAGAAGCGUCAUCAGUUGGUUUAUCAGAACGGAGCAACAAUUCGCCUGGUGGUUGGUCCUGUGAUGGGAGUGCAACUCCAGGAUCCUGUGGUGUGGCGCAGCAUGGUGAACUUCUACGUGCUACACUUUGGGGCAUAUUCAAUGCCCUCCUCCCCGCUCUAUCCAUGGGACAAGUGGGAAUCCAUAUUUUCCAGAUCCCUUAACGAACAGAUACGUCAACUGGACGCAUCCCAUGAGGAUGAUACUCGACUGUUCGCCUACACGGCACUGGAGCAGUAUAUGGACAAUGCCAGUGGCGUGUCGGGUCGUGGUCGUGAGUGCUUGCUGCGUGCAAUGUGUGAGAAUGCGCAAGUGCAUCAUCAUGUGGGCAUUAUGGCCGAGCUGUUAAAUGUGCUGCUAACACCCGGCAAAGCGAAGCUCGAGGAUGUCUACAGGGAAGCACACGCGGCGGGUUUGGCAGGUGUCGACUGCUUGCGGCAGUUUCCGGGUUGUCCCAGAGGAGACAGUGUCCUGGAUGCCUUUGCUUUGGAUGUGAAUAAUUAA